CAUCUAUUUUGCUCUCUGAAAAAUUUUUUGAUGUUAAAAGAAUAAUUACAUGUGAAUAAUUAGAUAUGAAUGAAAUUUGAAAAGCCCGCAAUUUUUGGUUCUAAAUAAAGAAUCUGUCACGACUCCUAACAUGUACCCAGAUAACUAGUUAGGCUUUAACUUUCUCGGUGACAAUCAGUGAUUGCAGUAUGAAGACAACUUGACAGAAAAUUUCCGUCAACUUGCAAUCAAAGUGACUACUAGGGAAUACUUUACAUUACAGAAAGUUACAGCUGGAAUUCACGUCUUGACUGCAAAAAAUUGAUGUUUAAUUAAUUAACGCAAAUCAUUUCCCACAGCCAAAUUCAAAGCAACUUUUAUUUUUCAUCUUUUUCCCGCAAUUUUUAAACAUCGUAUUCUGUCCGCGUUUUCAAAAAGCCGGUGUAGAUUUACAAAAACUUGUAGUUCGUUGUAAUAUUGUAGUCAAAAGUUUGAAUAUCUCAUAAUUAGCAACAGCUUGUCAAGUUAUAGGAAAUGUUUUGAUGCCUGGGUUCCCAAUUCACUACGCAGUCAAAGUAAAAUGUCAGUCACCAUAAACCUUAAGGCUGUCGUACAUCUUAACCUCGCCUAAAAAAACAGUACCACGUGCGCAUGUUUGAAAACAAAAGUAAUGUUUAUUCUUUUUAUAUUUAAUAUAUUCAGUGUAUUAACUUAAUACUUCAAAUUUAAAAAAUGGGAAUACGUGGACUAACAACAUAUGUUCAAAACAAAUCAGAUUAUUUUUUCGAACCGUACGAAUUAUGCAACACAAAAUUAGUUGUUGACGGUUGGAGUCUAAGUGCGCAGUUGUACUGUCAUGCAACUUACAGCGAUAGCAUAUUCGGCGGCGACUAUGACCAGUUUGCCCACUGCGUAACAAGAUUUUUCGAAGAUUUACUACGUUGCAAUGUCACACCUCUGGUUGUCCUCGACGGCGGUUGGGAAGAUAAAAAAUAUGACACCCUAAUAGCCCGAUUUAGAGAAAGACUACAAACAGCAUCUUCAAUGAUUUUCAAAAUUCACGAUCGUACAAUACAUUUUCCCUUACUGUUACCUGACGUAUUCGUCGAUGUCAUGGAUAAGAUGGAGAUCAAAUACUUCAUGUGUCCAUUUGAAGCUGAUGAGGCAGCUGCAGGAAUAUCCAGAGCCUUAAACUGUCCAUUACUUAGUUACGAUUCAGACUAUUAUAUUUACGAUGUAAUGUACAUACCUCUAAGUACCCUAGACCCUUACAUCGUUCGCUACGCCAAAGGCUACAUUAAAAAAUGUAAAAUAUACCGGGUACAAAAAUUACUAGACAAAUUCUACGGCCUUGAUGUCACGUCUCUGCCAUUAGCUUCCAUCCUCCUAGGAAAUGAUUACAUAAAUAAUCAUGUAUUCGAUGAUUUCUUCUUAUCACAAUUGCGGAUACCAAAGCAUCACGUAGCCAAUUAUCAGCAAUUUAAAAUUGAACGUGUCUUCAAUUGGUUGAAACAUUACACGUUGAAAGACGCGGUGAAUAAAAUCGUUCAAUUUCUGAGUAAAAAUCAGUGUCAGUUUGUCAUAAAACAAAUGGAGAUUGUCAUCAAUACAUAUUUGAAUAUUUCAACAAUUAUGCUGGGUCCUGUAGGAUUAAGUCCUGAAGCUAUUGAUGAUAUAGAGAAGAAUAUAUCAAUUUUUAAAUUUGAAAACGACAAAUCAAAGCUCAAAAAUGACAGUACGGAUAACAGCGAAGAUGAGAAGGAAGCUUAUAAAAUACCAAUUAAUGCUGCAGUAGAUGAGUUUGCUGCAUGUGUACCGACGUGGUUCAAGGAAAAUCAUUUAACUGGAAAAUUUCCAUUGUAUUUUGUCAAUAUUAUUACUCACCGUUGUUAUAUUAUGCCAGUACAAAUAGAAGUGAUGGAAUACCCAUCAGCGCAUGACAUAAGUAUGCCGAUAGUUAAGAAAAUUUGUAGUUUGCUAACUACAGUUAAUGAUAAUAUUAAUAAAGAAGACGAUUUAGUUAUAGAAUUAAUCACACGUAGAGAUAAACAAAUUCGAAGAGCUAGUUUACUUGUUCCGAAAUCAGAUGUUACGUUGGAAAACUUGCGCAUGCUCAGUGACAGUGAAAGAAGAAAUAUAAUUGAUGAAACAAUUGAAGUUAAAGAGAGUUAUCAUUUAGAAGAGCUGCCGUCAACUUGGAGAUUGUACGUCGCUGUAAUUAUCUAUUGGAUAAAGCAGAAUGACGAACCGGACAGGACUCAAUUGCAUUUGGAUUGUUUGCUAGUGUCGAUGUUCUUUGGAAUUAUUGAUAAGAAACUGGGAUUUCGGCGGUCGAAGGAAAAAUUUCAGAGAAAAUUUGCUGAUGAUUUGGCACGGAUACAAGAAGAAAGAAGACUGAAGAAAUUAACAGCUGAUGAGGAAUCGUCUAUUCUAACGAAUUUGAUAAAUGAAAUUAGUGAGGAAGAUUGUAUUGCUGCGUUACCAUUUUUUUUAGAGCACUUUGAAAUUAGUAAAAAUUUGAGAGUGUAUCCUGAUAACUUUAAUUUGAAUAUCGUGCAUGUUUUUUCACAAUUUCAAAGCUGUCUUAGACACGCGAUGCAUUUGAAUGCGUUGUUGGGUUUCAUUUAUGAGAAAACGUCAGUUGGUAGUUUCUUUAAUGGGACGUUACUGUACAACUUUUACAAUAAUUUCAGAAGACGAGACAAUGUCGAACGUUAUGUCUCCACACGGUUAGAAAAUGCGCCGGGAAUUCUGAAAGUUUUUAUAUUACUGAGGAAAAAAGUUAUUGACAUUUUAAACAGUUGUCAAGUCAAAAUUGAAGAGGGCGCGAAAAAUGUUAGAAAAAAGAAACGGCGGAGUAAAAAAAAUAAAACGGUAGAAAAUGAAGAUAUUGAUUGUUUGGAAGACAACAGCAAUGAUACUGAUGAUGAUUAUUACGAUCCCAAUAAUUCAUUUUCGAUGUUAAAAAUAUCUUAAGUGAAAAUAUUUAAUAGAAGGGUAUAAAAAAUCCCAUCCAAAACUAAAAUUAAGCAAUGAUUCAAUGACACAAAAUAUUGAAAUUAUAACACCAGG